AUGAAGAAGGAUACUAAGAAAAGGAAGGAAGAAUAUGAAGCUAAAUUAAGGCAGACCAUGGCUCAGAAAAACAAAGAGUUGAUAGAGGAAACAGCACAAAAAAGGAAAGAAGCUGAGAGAAAGAAAAAAGAGGAUGAUGAUGCCACAAAAGAAAUUACCAAAGUGGUUGAAGAUGUAAAUGCUUUCGAGAGUGAAGGUCAAACCAAUAGUGGUAAUGGCAGAAAAAAAGGAAGGAAAACAACAACUAACAAGAAGAGGACCCUUCCAACUAUAACUAUCGAUGAAGUACUACAAAAGCAGUUGCAGAAGAUAUCAGAUUCAUACAAACCAAGAAGAAAUACAAGAUCAAUGGUGAAAGUGCAAGAAAAUGUUUCUGCUGAAAUUGUUAGCAAAGAAGAAUUGAAGGCAAAGUUACUUCAAAAGGAAAAAGAAGAAGCAAGCUGGUUUGAAAAAAAAAAGGAACAAGAAGAAGAGGUACAAGAAGAAGAGGAAGAAGUGGAAGAGGAGGAAGUGGAAGAGGAGGAAGAACAUGAAGAAGAAGAGGAGGAAGAGAACGAAGAUGAGGAAUGGGAGGAAGAAGAAAACAAAGAACAAAAAAUGAUGAAAAAUGAUCGAACACUACCAGUGAAAGAGAGGUUGAAGAAGUUUGAAGAAGAAAGACAAAAAAUAGCAUUAAGAAGAACAACACCAAAAGCAAGCCUACCUGCUGAAAAGAAAAGGAAGAGGAAAAUAGAUGAGGAUUAUGAGGCAAAGGAAGAGAAUGAAAAUGAUGAUAUUCAUUGCUCAGAAAACGCUUUAAUUGUGAAACGGAAGGUUUCCCAUUUGGCAAUGAUUACCAAAGAAGUUCCUGCAAGGAAAAAAGGAAAGAAGACAAUCACUAUUUUCAAGGAGAAAGUAGAGGAAGAAGAGGAAGAAAAAACUGGUGUUAGAGGAGGACAUGGAAAAUUCAUUAAUUUCAUUUCCAUGAUGAAUGAAGAGAAGAAGGAGGCCGUUAGGAAUAUUAGUCUAGGACCAUUGCUAGAUUUCCAGCUACCUACUUCAUCCCAACAAUUUGUUACAUGGCUGUGUAACAACUUUGAGGAAAACAGCCAAUAUCUCUAUCUACCGAAGAAUGAGAAAAUUCUAAUAGAAUUUGAGGAUGUAGAAAAGAUUUAUGGCCUUCCUAAGGGUGAAGUAGACAUAGUUGAGGCAAAGUCUGACAAGGCUAGUGAAGAAUUUUCUGCAUUCAUGGCAAGAUGGAAGAAGACAUUCAUAUAUGAAAAGUGGAAUCCUCUUGGGAAUAAGGUCCCACCAGUUCAGAAAAUUUUGAACUACUACAGUGAAAAAAACAAAUUGAGGCUGGACCGGAUGCAAAUUUCAUUACAAGCUUCUUAG